AAACGUGAUAAUGUUACAAAUAUCUUUAAAAUUUCCUCCGGUCAUAUUUCAGUGUGGUUUCUCGUCAAUGUGCGAGACUUUAGAGCGAUGCGCGCUCCCGGGACAGGGGAGGCAAUUUUGGUCAGACAUGCGUUUCUGGGCAGAACACMGGACCCUCUUUUAUUCCCCCAUGUCGUGGUAACCCAGUUCCUGGAAGUUUUUAACCUCUAGUUAAUGUACAUAUUUUCUGUUUGCGGUGUUUUACUCCGCGAAGCGGUAAUGCCACCAUUAGUUAGCGGCUGUGGCGUCUGUUAGCAGCGGGGCUCAGGAGACCGACACUCGGCGGCUUGCGGCGGGGUUCGAACCGAGCCGUGUCCGGAGAGAAGGAGGAGGAGAGACGUGGCUGUUGUUUACCGUGCACGUGGAGGCCGCAGGAAGGAGCUGCUGGACUCUGACGAGCAUGAAUCAUGACCUCGGUGGUGCUGGUCGACUCCGGUGGAACCCUGCUGGAAUAUGUCACAGCUGAAGGCGACCUCCAGCAGCCAGAGGAUGUGGAGUAUGAGGUCAGUAUGGAGCAGGAAGGGGAGGUGGAGGGCCAGUGUGAAGCCGAGGAGGUGUGUGAGGAAGGAGAAAAGGCUGACGAGUGCCCACCGGUCGUAAUGGAGGAGCUUCCAGGCGUGGUCGUGACCGAGGAGCGAGGUUACUCAGCCCAGGUGUGGAUGUGUGGAGAUGAGGCAUAUAUCAUGCAGGAGGUGGAGAUGGAAGAAGCAGGAGUGGAAGCUUCUGUUCAUGGCACCAACAUCCACUGCUCUGAUAAAACCUUCGAGGCUGCAGAAGCUCUGCUUCGCAUGGACUCACCAUCCAGCCUCAAAGAAGAGCGUAGCCCAGAAGCUUUUAUUCCUCAAUGUGGAGCAACACCAGAUUUCCUCCACGCCGCCAUGAGGCCUGACAUGAUAUCAGAGGUGGAGAUAUCGACUGAAGAGUGCUGCGAGGAGGAUGAGGAGGAAGAUGAGAUCGGUACCUUAAUGGAAGACCCAGAACACGACUUCGAGGAGCCUGUCAGAAAGAAGCGAGCUGGACGCAAACCGAAGACACAUCAAGCAACUGCAGCUGUUUCCAAUGGUUCACUAGAUCUGGGUAUCAAGAAGAAACCAAGAGAAGGCAAAGCUGGGAACACCACGUACCUCUGGGAGUUCCUGCUGGAUCUCCUCCAGGAUAAAAACACCUGUCCCAGGUACAUCAAGUGGACACAGAGGGAGAAGGGCAUCUUUAAACUCGUCGACUCGAAGGCCGUGUCCAAGCUUUGGGGCAAACACAAGAACAAGCCCGACAUGAACUACGAGACCAUGGGUCGAGCUCUCAGAUAUUAUUACCAGCGUGGCAUCCUUGCCAAAGUGGAGGGCCAGCGACUGGUCUACCAGUUCAAAGACAUGCCCAAAAACAUCGUCAUCAUCGACGACGACAAGGCAGAUGUGUCCUCCCCUGACGAGCUGGUGAAGUCAGAAGCAGCAGCGUCGUACGAGCGCGUGCGUCCACCGUCCGACAUACUGGUCCAGGCCGUGGACAGGCCGCCUCUGAGGAAACCCAACAUCCUGAGAGGCUCCAACAAAAGCAACGUGGUCCAAACCUCUGCUGCGGCAGGCAGCAAGGCAGCCCCGGGGGGCGGACCCGUGGUGACGGCAGCAACACCGAGGAUCGUGACGGUUUCUGCAGGACCCGACGGGAUCCAGCCCCAGCAGUCUCACGCGUCUAUGAUCUCGAAUACAACAGGACCGAGGACGGUGCGAGUGGCUAUGCAGGUGCCGGUGGUCAUGACCACGUCACUGGGUCAGAAGAUCCCCACGGUGGCCGUGCAGCAGCCGGUGGGGACGACGGGGGUUGCUGGCUCCACCRCCCUGCUCACCAACACGUCUGCCAUUGGCGCCAAUGCCAACUCACAACAGAAGGUUGUGAUCCAGACCAUCCCCACCAUGGUCCCGGCCACAGCAGAGAACGGAGACAAGAUCACCGUCCAGCUCGCCAAGAUCAUCACCAUCCCAGCCCACCAGCUGGCCCAGUGCCAGCUCCAGACCUCCACAGGAAGCAACAAACCCGGCGUAACUGCCACCCCCACGGGCCUCAGCCUCCUGGGCGGCUCCCUGGCGGUGCGCUCCCUGACGCCCGUCAGCGUGGCCCCGGGAUCGCAGGUGAUGAGGCUGACCGUGCCCGCGCAGGCACAGCCGCAGACUCUGGUGGUGUCGCAGCCGGGCAGCGUCAGCUGCGCUCCCACCGUGUCCACGGCCACGACUCGCAUCCUCAGCGGGGUCAUCAGCGGCUCGGAGCUGGUGAUAGGAGGAGCCGGAGGCAAGGCCGUGGGCAUCCAGGUCCAGGCCCUGCAGGUACCYGUGACAGUCCAGCAGAACCAGGCCAACCCUAAAACCACUCGGAAUGUGAGCUCUGAAGCCGUGGACACUGACGGGGUGGGAAAACUGGAAGCACCGAUGGCAAUAAAGACAGAAGAACCCGAGUGUUAAAGUUAGUUUGGACAUUGAAGUCAUUCUUAUCAGCAGCCGUCUGCAAGACUUGAGACUCCUGAAGGACUUUUUAGUCCUGAAAAUGUCUUGACUUUACCCCUGUCGCUGCCUAGAACCUAACUGGACAACUCCCAUUUCCUUUAGAACUUCAACAGAACCUCCUGAAGGUGCCCUGAUCCCUGAAUACACAGACUUUAAAGUGAUUGUUUGUUUUUAGGAAAGCAAAGGGACCAAACUGAACCACUACAGAAAUGACAGCAGAAAGACGAGGAACUUAAACACUACAAACAAAAUGACUGCAACCAAAAUUAAUAAAAUAAAAUAAAAUAAAGGAGGGGGGUUCUUUUUACUGUAAAUUUCAAAUGUUAAAACCAGCAACUUCUUUUUUUAAACUUGUAUCACUGUGCAAAAAAAAAGUGGAGGAUGGAGUGUGUGGAACGAUAAGACAGGAAAAUGUACAUAGUUAUAUAUAUAUAUAUAUAAAUAUCUUUACAGUUUACAGAGCUAACGUAAACAGAACCGCCUUAGAUUUUCUUUUCAUCAUUUCACCGUUAAGCUGAAAUUUGUUUUGAUAUUUUGUACCAGUCACAGUAUUACUGAAACGCUGAACUGAUGCAGUUUUCGAUGCUGCCGUUUACCUGACAUGUCCUCUGGCAGCCCAUCAAAUCAGUUUUAGUUUUUUUGUUUUGUACAGAUGUUUGCUCUGUUCUCUGCAGCAACUAAAGUCAGGAAAAACACGCGACUGAGCCAACACAUACUGCCAAGUUUCCAUCAAACAGGAUGUUAAAACUCAAAAAAAUCUGCAUUAGUAAUUAUAGGAAGCAAAAUCUGCUGCAGAAAAGCUGUAACCACUGGAUCUUUGGUCAGUUUCUGCCCUGUUGGUCCUGCUCUGACAUUUCAUUCUUUUUUAUUUUAUUUUUUAAGAGGGAAGUUUUUCUGUGUUCAGAAUGGACUGUUUGUAUAUUCAACAUUUGAAGUAUAUUCUAUUUUGUUGUACUCUUGUUUCAAAGUGUAUUAAAGUAGAUUUUACUGAAACGUACAAAGAUAA